GAUAACAAAUAGCCAAAGUGUAAAUAUCUUUUUUCCAAAGACGUUUAAAGCGCGUCCCAGUCCCAUGCUUAUGUUUUCUAUCUCAUGCAUCCACAAUUUUGCAUUUCUGCUAGAUGAACUUGUGUCCUUUUCUGUUGACUGCUCUUGUUUUGUACACUAUAUGGGCAAAAGUAUGUGGUCACCUGAUCAUCAAACCCAUAUGUGCUUGUUGAACAUCCCAUUCCAGAUUUAGUCCCCAUUUUCUGUUAUAAUAAGCUCCAUUCUUCUGGGAAGGCUUCCCACUAGAUUGUGGAGCGUGGCUGUGGGGAAUUGUGUUCGUUCAGCUACAAGAGCGUUAGUGAGGUCCGGCCUGGGGUUCAGUUGGUGUUCCAGUUCAUCCCAAAGGUGUUCAGUUGGGUUGAGGUCAGCACUCUGUGCAGGACACUUCCACGCCAACUUCGGCAAACCGUGUGUUCAUGGAGCUGACUUUGUGCACAAGGGGCAUUGUCAUGCUGGAACACGUUUGGGCCUCUUGGUUCCAGUGAAGGGAAAUUGUAAUGCUACAGCAUACAUUCUAUACAAUUGUGAGCUGAGUAGUGUACACUGAAAAGAAAACCUGUUUUAAUUCCAGCUGACAUUCUAACACAUGACAGAUAACAUCUGAGGCAUAAUAAAAUACAGUGGAAGCUCAGACCUUGACAGUAGCUCAGUAGUUCAUGUUUAUUUUGCCUUGGGCAUUGGAUAGGGUUUGGCUAAUCAUACAAGUUCCAUCUAACGCCUAACCCGUUUGACGAGGAAUGUGUGAUGGCAAAAAACCCCCACAAAUGUUUCGGGGUUUGGAACGAUAAGAGAAAUACUUGUUUUUUAUUGAGGCGAGAAUUUGACAGAUGGAUUUCAAGUGAAAAUGAUAUACUGGACUGUUGAAGAUAAGGGUGCUGGAGAGUCAAGGUUUCAUGUGCAUUUCUCAACUCCCUGGGAUGCGCUGGGACACGAGUGCGCUGGAAAACCUUUGAAUGCAUGAAACACUGACAGUGGUAGAGAGUUUAUAGGGGAAAAAAGGGCAUUCUCAAAAGAAAAGAAGAACAAUUAGGGGAUUUGAGUGACUUUUGGACUCAGUAACAAGCUACAUUUAAUGAUGUGAAACUGAAGAUUUUCUUUUUUUUUUUUUUUCAUACUAGGUUAUCAUACUAUGAACAUUUCAAACUGUACCAGUGCUAGGUGAAGGUUAACAGCGUUGUAUAAUGGCCCAUGGGACCAUGUUAAAAAACAAAACAAGAUAAUAUCAGGUCUAAACAGGACUGCCUGAAUUACAAACAGUGUGGCAAGCUGGAAGGAGAACACUCACAGCACAUUAGAAUAAAUAAAGGCAGGCCUCCCUAGUGGCGCACCAGAAAAACAUUUGACCUAUCCACCUUUUUCUGGAGAAACCAGCGAGUGACCCCAUAAUGGAUUCUAAUUUCUAUUGUACUGUUUUCCUGUUCCAGUCUCUAAAGAAUCCCUUUGUAAAAACUGGCUAAAGAGAUCGAAUGAAUAAAUUCAACAGAAACUUUCUGAGUGUUAGUAAGAAUAACAAUGAGCUCAGGGUAAAGCUGUGCUGUCAUUGGCUGCCACAACAACAGCAAUAAACUUUCUGGGAAAUACUUGUUUUGAGCACCAGCAAACCCUAAACGAGUCAUUUCCGAACUUCAGCCUGUGAACAUCCACCUGUUACUAAGCGUCGAAAGCUAGUUACCCGUACGGCAUGUUUAGCCUGGCUAACUUUCUGACUGGGCUCUACAUCUGCUUUCAAAAAAAUAAAGUCGCUAUGUUUCCUGUACAAAUCCUGUGCAUGUAAUAAUAUGUUCCUGUGCUUUUAUUCACCAUCAACGUCUCCAGAGAAAACAAAGUAGUUAAUAAUAUCAGUGUAGCUAACCUCGGGCCAUAGCUUCAUGUCAUCUACCGAGUCAUUAAACUUAAACGGGUGAGGCACAGUCAAAAGAGGGUCAUUGUUACAAUGUAACGUGUCGGUACUAUGAAGCUAUGUGCUUUUUUUUUUUUGCUUUUUUUUUUAGCCAUCAGCUAAGAAUAUACAUAAAUUUGAAUAUAAACACCGGAGAAAGAAGAUGUAAACAGGUUUCUGGUAUGAGCCAGGUGAGAUUUCCGCAUUCAGGAAAAAGGUGUAUAGUCAAGUGUUGAUUGUCAGGAAUCUAGAGCGUAAUUGAGCCCGAGUCAAUGUCUAUUACAUUGAAACUAGCCAUAUGCGGCCAUCUGUGAGCUCAUGUAUGCAGAAGAGGGUAGAUAGCAUUGUCCUCCAAGUCUGUUCUGCUACAUUGUGAUGCAGCAGUUCGAAAAGAUGUUUUUGUUUUUUUUUUUGGCUUCAUAUGUUUCUGAGGAAGCACAUGAUCACCUUUAUCUUCCCUGGAUGUCUGCUGUUAUGUGAUAGGUGAGAGAUGGGAGUAGGUGACCAAAUUGGGGAAGAAAAUGAGGGGAAAAAAAGCACGAUCGAUAACUACAAACUCAACACAAGCUACUUCAAUUCCAUAAACGACUGACUAUACAAACUAUACGUGAUAUCGACCAUGAUUUUAUUAACAUAUCUUUUAUAUCCCAUGUACGUGACUGUAUGUUAACACUCAACUCACGGUACAUUAAAAGCAUCCUGUUAGCUGCAGGAGCUCUUGUAUGCUCUCAUAGAUUACAGACUGAUAAGAAACCUGAUAAGCAUGCCAACACUCCCUGAACACCUUCACUGCAGAACAAUCUUGUUCGCAGCUUGCUUGACACACUUUUACCAGCAUCAAGGUUUUUCAAUGCUAUUACGGGAAAAUAAUCAGCAACAGCGUGUUAUCAUGCAAAGCAGAGUUACCGCAAUCCCUCCGAAGUUGAUUUUCCUAUAACAACACGUCACGAACGUGUUUUAUUCAGCAAUUUACCAACGAUCACAAUGUUUAUGUAUUAUAUAGCAACACACUGUAUGUUUACUCGGAUUACAGUUGUAUUAAAUGUUAUCACUUACAUUAUAGCAGCUAUAAGCAGUCAGUUUCUAACAAAACAACAAAUGCAGCUUGUUUUGAAGAUCAAGGUUACUCACUGUUACAUAAAUGUUAACUAAUAGUUUUAAAGAACACAUAACUACAUCAGCGAUUAUACAUUUUCUUUAAAAAAGAAAAAAUCUGUUUAUUAUUCAUCUUAGAUUACGUGGAGCAUCUGAACAGUAGUAAUGUUUGUAAUGGGUUCUCUGAAGGUUAGACUAGAACAUUACAAAAAUACCCUUCUGCAAUGUCUUGAAAACGUGACAGAAUAACAGCAUGUCGAGGAAUUCCAAUCACCUGUACAUUACAAGGCACCUUCCCGGAAUAACAUAAAUCUUAUUUGGAUUUAUGUUGCCUUGCUUUCUUUCUUUAUUUAUUUUUUUCAUAUUUAAUAUUUCUUCAGUUAACGCAAUUAAUAUAAAACAACCGGGUUUCACAAAAGUUUCAUUAAAUGUGUGUGUAACUAAAGACAAAAAUAAAGCUAUUUAAACUCGAUGGUAUAAUCCGUAUCCAAAGUGUGGUAAUAAAGUGUGUGUAAAUGCUCCUACGAACCGUUUACGAAUAUAACGAGGCCAUUUUAAUAAACUCGGAAUGUGCUAACAUGCAUACGACUAAACCUUUCGCAUCAAUUCCUUUGAUGAAAAAGCGAAAGUGCUUUUCACUGUAACAGAAAACUUUCCCUAGAAUCAAAGAAACACCAGUGAAGAGAGGCUGGGUUCAGGCCUUUUGUUAUUAUAUUAUUUUAACUUGUUUUUUUUGUUUUGUUUUGUUUUUUCACAAAAACAGAUUACAUUAUAUGCCAUAUUGUCCCAUUGAUAAUAUAAUUAGGGAUUCAUAACAGAAUUAGAAACUAGAUUCCUUCCAGCGUAAUUAAAAAAUAAAAUCUGUUCACUUGAUAAUCCGAUAGGGUCGAUACUGAUUUCCAAGGAAAGAGCUGAACUUCCACGGCAAGCCCAGACACAUAGCAGUGGAGAUGCAUUUCGUCACUCCAUUCAGUAAUAAAACACAGGGCAGAGUUCCUUCGUUGCUUCCUGCUUACAUUUUAACACUAAGUACGUAACAGGACAGAGGGACAGAGUCAGCCACAGUGAUCCAGGAGCGUUAUACCAUGAAUUGUGAUAAACACUUUCCUAGGAAGUUUCCUAUGAAGUACUGAUAGCUGAUGUAUUGUUCAAAGCCAGUGUUAUUAUACCACAGAUAUUCUGAAGAGCUCUUCGUCUUAAAGAAAACACUGUGUGCAGAACAUUUUGGACUGCAAGAAAGCCAUGGAUCUCAGCAACCAACAAGGUGACCCAUUAGGCGUCUGGUCCAUCGUCUUCGUCUCCCUGUACCUAUUGGUCUUCGUGGCUGGCCUGCUCCUGAACUCCAUGGCCGUGUGGGUGUUCUUUCAAAUCCGCACGCAGAAACGAACCUUCAUGCUAUACCUGCGCAACAUGGCGGUGGCUGACCUCUUCAUGACCCUCACGCUACCAAUCAACAUCCUCACUGAGGCCAAAGUGGCAUCUUCGGGUCUCGAAGGUGUGUCUUGCCGCUACACGGCCGUGCUCUUCUACUGCUGCAUGUACGCCAGCAUCCUCUUCCUCGGAUUGGUGGCUCUGGAUCGCUACCUGAAGAUCGUGAGGCCGUUCGGUGGAACGUGUGGCGCUUGUCUUUACAGUUACUCCUUCACCGUAGCCAUGGCUGUUAUGGUGUGGUUAGUUAUGAUCGCUCUUUCUCUUCCCAAUGUAAUACUGACUGAUAAGCCAGUAACAAAGAACAUGACUAACUGUGCAGAGUUAAAGAGUGAGGUGGGUAAAAAGUGGCAUGGUGUGGUGAUCUACAUGAACAUACUGAUCUUCUUCCUAGUUCUGAUCACUCUGCUCACCUGCUACAUAUCCAUCUACAGACACAUCCAUCGAUCCUCGUCCCAGUUCAUCAUAGUCGGAGAGACAACCCAGCGUAAAGCCAAGAAAGGACAGAACAUUCUUGUCUUACUGGUUGUGUUUUUUAUCUGCUUCGUGCCUUAUCAUCUAUGUAGGAUCCCGUUCACUAAAAGCCAGACUGAUGGAGUACAAAUGAAUUUUACAUUGCUGAAUGGGAAAAAGGCAACACUCUUGUUGUCUAUGUUCAAUGUGUGUCUGGACCCGAUAAUUUACUUCCUCAUGUGCAAGUCUUUUAGGAGCAAGCUAUCUCAAACACUGGGAUUCUGGACAGUCAGUGACAAUAUGUCCAUGUACACUCCGACAUCGACAAGGAAAACAGCGGUAGUGAUGCGCUUCAAGGAAAGCACACCUGCAUAAGAAAAAUCAAUGUAGUGUGGACUUAAAGUCUAUAUAUAAAUUAUGGCAGCUGAUAAAUACUGUAUCACAAAUGUACAGUGCCCUCUACUAAUUUUGGCACCCUUGGUAAAUAUGAGCAAAGAAGGCUGUGAAAAAUUA